AUGCCUAUGCAGAGCUUGUGGGCCGAGAAGGUUGGAUGGGACGAUGAGCUAGCAUCAGGAACACAAGAGAAGAGGUCUCAAUUCCGAGAAGAGCUCACACAUCUGGAGGAGAUCAGAAUCCCCAGAUGGAUUGGACUCACCAGAGCACCUGCAGUAGAGGUUUUCGCGAACAGCAAGGUAGCACUAACUCGAGCACUCGUCAUUCCGAGGUUAGAACUCAACGCAGCAGUGAUAUUGGCUAAGCUCACCCAGUACACCCUCAAACAGCUGAGUAUCACUGAUGCACCAGUUUUCCUCUGGACUGAUUCAGUAGCAGCGUAUCACUGGGUCUCCUCCCAUCACGCGCGUUGGAAGGAAUACGUGAGGAACAGAGUCUUUAAGAUAGAGCAAGCAGUACCUCAAGCACCUUGGAGAUACGUUCCUGGGAAGUACAACUCAGCGGACCGUCCAGCAUGGUCUCAGCUCGAAUCAUCGAAUCGUCCAUCUCUCAACCCAGAACCCGAAUCAUCAGUCGAUCUCGAAGAGAAACCACGAGUACUUCUCACGUCUCCGGUUAAGCAGCCGGAAGUCUGGGAUUUGAUUUACCGGUACUCUUCGCUGGCGAGACUCAUUAGGAUUACAACGAUCUGCCUGAAAUUCAUAGCACGUCUCAAUAAAAUUUCAAACCGGUCUCUAACGACGGUACUCACGGCGGAGGAUCUGGAAUCAGCCAGAUUGUGCUGGGUGAGGAUCACGCAGCAAGCUCAUUUUAAAAGAGAGUUUCUGCUCAUCAGCAAGAAUAAGAUCUUGCUGAGAACACACCCGAUGAGCAGAUUCAACGCGCUGAUCGAUCGCCAGGACAUUCUCCGACUAUCAGGACGACUUAAGUUUGCACAGUUGGAACCGGAAAAUAUCCAUCCAGCUAUCAUCCCGCGAGACUCCCAUUUAACGCGACUCAUCAUCGGAGAAGCACACGAGAAGACUCUUCACGGAGCAACUCAAAUCACCUCAAUGCGCAUCAGGAGAUCUUACUGGAUUAUCGGCGAGAGAGCGCCAGUGAGAUCCUACAUCCUCAGAUGCAUCAUCUGUGCGCGUCAUAGAGGAAUCAGAGCUCAACAACUCAUGGGAGUACCGCAUUUCGGAGGAAAAUGGGAAGCAGCGGUUAAAUCAGUCAAGCACCAUUUCACCAGAGUAACUCGGGACUCGACACUCACCUUCGAAGAGCUCACCACCCUGCUUACCCAGAUUGAAGCUAUCCUCAAUUCACGACCGCUAGUUCCUCUCACAGAUGACCUAGAUGACCUAUCAGCACUCACUCCAGGUGAUUUUCUCAUCACCGAAGCACCUAUCACAGUACCAGAGUCAGUGCUCGAUCAUCUCAACAUCAACACUCUCCAGAUGGCAACUCAUCCAGAGCAGACUCCAAGCCUUCUGGAAACACUGAUUCACGAGUUACCUGCAGAGCAAGCAGGCCAUCACCAAGUGGCAUAG